CCCAGUUGACGUUUUAGGGGGGGGGGAGAAAACAUGUCUGCCCCCGUUAAGGCAAUGCUGCCAUAAUCCAAUUUGUUAGGGAUUAGUGUAAAAAACUUUAUUAUUCUGGAAUAUAAUAUAUAUUAUAUUGAAUCAAAAGCGCGGCAUCGGAAUCGAUCUAUAGCUACCGUAAUGAAGACUUUCUGCGGACGUGCCAACCCGGCCACAGGCGCGUUGGAUUGGGUCGAGGAGAGUGAGGAGUAUGACUACCAUCAAGAGAUUGCCAGGUCCUGCUAUGCUGAUAUGCUGCACGAUCACGAUAGGAAUGAGAAGUACUACCAGGGCAUAAGGGCUGCUGUGAGCAGAGUGAAAGCACGGGGUGAGAAAGUCAUCGUUCUGGACAUUGGCACUGGAACAGGACUGCUGUCCAUGAUGGCUGUCACAGCUGGGGCUGACUACUGCUACGCUGUAGAGGUUUUCAAGCCCAUGGCAGACGCUGCUCUCCGAAUAGUGAAGAAAAAUGGCUUCUCAGACAAGAUCAAGAUCAUCAAUAAACACUCUACAGAAGUGACAAUUGGACUAGAUGGAGACAUGCAGACUCGAGCCAACGUCCUCAUCACAGAGCUGUUUGACACUGAACUAAUUGGAGAGGGAGCCUUACCCAGCUACGAACAUGCUCAUCUCAACCUGGUCCAGGAGGGCUGUGAGGCUGUGCCACACCGUGCCACAGUGUAUGCCCAGCUAGUGGAGUCAGAGCAGUUGUGGAGUUGGGCACAGUUACAACCCAUGGAGGUGGAUGGUCGCAAACUGCUGCCCCCUCCCGCUGUAAGUCACUGUGCUGGAGCCCACUCUGUCUGUGACAUCCAGCUCAGCCAGGUGCCCCCUCACCGCUUCACACCACUAGGGCCUCUCUGCACCAUGUUCAGUGUGGAUUUCAGUAAGCCAGUGAGCAGUGCCCCUCAGUCCCACUCCUCCAGCUUCCCAGCUCAGUCCAGUGGCCGGGCUCAAGUGGUCCUCUCCUGGUGGGACAUAGACAUGGACCCCAGCGGCUCCAUCGUGUGUUCCAUGGCUCCCAGCUGGACCUACCCAGACCCUCAGUCCGCUCCUUGGCGGGAUCACUGGAUGCAGAGUGUCUACUUCCUUCCUGUGGAGAGAAGGGUGGCAAAGGGAGAGGAACUCAGCCUUACUGUCUCCCAUGACGACUACAGCCUGUGGUACAGCCUACAGCCAGACGGUCAACAGGGCACAUUGAGUGAGGUACCACCUUGUCGGCCAUGUUGCGUCUGUCAGGCUCACCUGGUGUGGACACGCACACGCUUCGGGGAGCUCAACGACCACCAGCGCACACAGAGCUACGUCAGCGCUCUACGCAGUGUUGUAAAACCAGACAGCGUGUGCGUAGGGGUCAGUGAUGGGAGUCUGUUACCCGUCUUCGCUCACAUGCUUGGAGCUAAGAAGGUGUUCAGUUUGGAAAACUCUGGAAUGUUGAAGCAGGUCAUUGAACAAGUGCUGGAUGCCAACUCCAUGAGAGGAGGAGUUCAGAUUCUGGGGAUUCGUCCUGACCAGCUGUCCAGUACUGACCUAGCUGGGGAACAGAUAUCAGUGUUGAUAGGUGAGCCCUACUUCAGCACCAGUCUUCUGCCCUGGCACUCCCUGUACUUCUGGUACUGUCGCACUGCUCUGGUCCGUCUGCUGACACCCAAUGCCACCAUCUUGCCUUGCUCUGCCACACUUUGCAUAGUCGCUGUGGAAUUUCAGGAUCUGUGGAGGAUAAGAGCUCCUUGUGGUACAUGUGAAGGCUUUGACGUUGGACCUAUGGAUGAGAUGAUUCAGCAGUCUCUGGAUUUCCGUGAGUCCCGUGAGGCUGAGCCACAGCCUCUGUGGGAGUACCCUUGUCGGGCCCUGACCCAGCCCAAAGCUGUCAUGACCUUUGACUUCCUACAGUGUGUUCCUGAACAGCCAAUCAGACGUCAGGGAUCACUACCACUUACAAGGAGAGGACGUUGCCAUGGUGUGGCCCUGUGGAUGGAGUACCAACUGAAUGAUGACGUCAAAGUUAGCAUGGGCCUGAUGAGACCAGUCAGUGAAGAGGGUGCCUGUGAAUGGAGUCUCCAUCGGAAACAAGGAGUGUACUUCUUCAGGUCCCCCUGGGAGAGCUCAGGGGAUGGAAGGGCAUCAGUGUCUUAUAGUUUCACCUUUGAACCCAGCAUCGGGGACAUCAAAAUGGACUUCGCAGUUGCCUCACAGUGAUACACCUCCAGUAUACAUGAAAUCGGACAUCUGAGUUGGUUUCUAUACAGAGGACAGACAUUUAAAAUAAAUCUCGAAAUUACUCUAGAAAAACCAAA